CUAGUUUAGUAGUUGACCGGCGCAGAGCGCCAAUGCGACGAAGAGAAGAACUCGGCUGCUCGACUGCUGUGUAGUAGCGCUGUAGAGUACACCCGUACACCCAGGCCAAGCGAAAAGGCGUGAAAAAAGUUUAGCGAAUUCUCGUGUAUCCGGCCGUGCGGCGACGACGACGACGACGGACGGUGGGUGCCGUAUUGUUGCGUUACCGCGGAUCGUCGCGUCUCGCGCGUGUGUGCGUAACUACGUGCGUGACACGUACGAGGCGUGUACCUGUCCGAGGUGCGGUGCGUGCGUGUUCGCGCUACGAGAGAUCAUCGUCGACCGGAUUCUAAUAUGCCCGAAGGAUCGGGCAGGUUCAGGAAAAAGAGGUGCUCCGCCUGAGCCGAGAGUGCUCGGAGCUGCGCGCAUGCCUCCGUGCCCGCUCCUACGCCAUUUUGGAGAUAGAAUGUUAAGUUUUGGAAUGGACUGACAGAGGAUUAAGCGAGACUAUAAGAUUUAGGGUAGAGGAUCGAAAGGCGAGUGGACGUCUAAAGGUGUCUGAGAUAGGGGGACCUGGGCAUUUAAUUAUUAACACAUUUACUAUGCCAGCUGUUCCGAGGCCUGGUAGCCUUAAGGACCCAGAGAUCGCUGAACUGUUCGAGAAAAAUGAUCCGGAGAAGAUAUUUGAGGAUCUGCGCGAGAUCGGGCAUGGCAGUUUUGGGGCUGUUUAUUAUGCACGAUGUCUGGUUACCAAAGAAAUUGUUGCCAUUAAGAAAAUGUCCUAUUUGGGCAAGCAGACCGUUGAGAAAUGGCAGGAUAUCUUGAAAGAGAUUCGAUUCCUUAGGCAACUUAACCAUCCCAAUACGAUAGAGUAUAAGGGCUGUUAUCUCAGGGACCACACUGCCUGGCUGGUAAUGGAAUAUUGCCUUGGCUCUGCAUCGGACAUCAUCGAAGUUCACAAAAGACCAUUAAAAGAAGACGAAAUAGCUGCUAUUUGCGAGGGUGUGCUCCGCGGUUUGCACUAUCUUCACUCCCUCGGGAGAAUUCACAGGGAUGUGAAAGCGGGGAAUAUUUUACUUACUGAAAAUGGCACAGUGAAAUUGGCAGAUUUCGGUUCCGCGAGCAUAAAGUGUCCAGCAAAUAGCUUCGUUGGCACACCGUACUGGAUGGCACCGGAAGUGAUAUUAGCUAUGGACGAAGGACAAUACGAUGGGAAAGUAGAUGUAUGGUCUCUGGGGAUAACAUGCAUCGAAUUAGCGGAACGGAAACCACCGUAUUUUAAUAUGAACGCCAUGAGCGCUCUGUAUCACAUUGCUCAGAACGACACGCCAACUUUAAACUCCUCAGACUGGUCAGACGUUUUCCGUCACUUCGUCGAAGUGUGUCUAACCAAAAGUCCAAACGAAAGACCAACCUCUGGUAAACUGUUAUCACAUCAAUUUGUCACUAGAACUCGUUCACCGCAAGUUUUGAUUGACUUAAUCCAGAGAACGAAAGCCGCUGUUAGGGAAUUGGAUAACUUAAAUUAUCGUAAAAUGAAAAAGAUCUUAAUGAUCGACGCUUGCGAGACUGAGAGUACAGUCGGCGACGCGGAUGAUACUCCCGACGAGCAAACAGGUGGUGAUAGUAGCAAGAGCAAUUCAAUUACCUCGGAGCAUUCGAUCCAUUCAAUGGGCGUUUCCGCGAGCUCUCAAAGUUCCUCCACCAACAGCCUGCCACUGCCAAACGCUGACGCGAACGAUUAUUCAACGGGAUCCGUGCGGAAUCGACAUAAAAUAUCGGCAGGCGGCGUCACUGCCAAUCUCCUUGAACACGGUGCCAAUAAUUUUGCAACAAUUAGGACGACGUCGAUCGUAACUAAACAACAAAAGGAACACAUGCAGGAGGAGAUGCAUGAACAGAUGAGCGGAUACAAACGAAUGAGGCGGGAACAUCAAGGUGCUCUGGUGAAACUGGAAGAACGCUGUAAAAUGGAGAUGGAGUCUCACAAACAAUUAUUAGACAAGGAAUACGAAACCCUUCUACAGCAAUUUAGCAAAGAAUUGGAGAAACUCCAGUUAAGGCAUUUGCAAGAACUAGAACGUAAGCUUAAGCAAAACCAAAAUGCGGAGAAGAAGCUUCAUAAAGAGAUAACAAGCAGGCAGGAAGCGGAUAGGAAGGCGUUGGAGGCGCAGCAAAAGAAAGAGUACAAAGUUUACAAGGAAAGGUGGAAAAAGGAAUUGUCGCAGGACGAGGUAACGCCGAAACGGCAACGGGAUGCGACGCUUCAGAGCCAAAAAGAUAAUUUACGACAAAUGGAGGCGCAAGAAGAGCAGCGGCUCGCAAGAGGCCAGAGGGAGUACCUGGACCUCGAGAUUCGUAAAUUUCGUAGAAAAAAAUUACUUAUCUUCCACAGCUUAGAGCAAGAGCUCCUCCGAGAAGAAUUGAAUAAGAGGCAACAGCAGUUGGAACAAGCACAUAACAUGUUGCUGCGGCACCAUGAGAAGACGCAGGAGCUGGAGUACAGACAACAAAGAGCCGUGCAUGCCCUUAAAGAGGAACAAGUUCAUCGGCAACACGUCACCGAACUCUCUAAUCAACAGGAUUACAUGCAAAGAGCCGAACGCGAUUUGCGCAAGAAGCACGCGUUGGAACUUAAACAGCAACCGAAGAGUCUUAAACAAAAAGAAAUGCAGAUCCGAAAACAGUUCCGAGAGACGUGUAAAAUACAGACGCGACAAUACAAGGCAUUGAAGGCUCAAAUAUUACAGACAACACCUAAAGAAGAGCAGAAAGCUGUUAUUAAGAAAUUGAAGGAGGAGCAGAGAAGGAAGCUGGCUCUGUUGGGCGAUCAGUAUGAACAGAGCAUCGCCGAAAUGCUUCAGAAACAAAGUAUACGUUUAGACGAGUCGCAAGAAGUCGAAUGCCACAAUCUUAAGGAGAGGUUGCAUUACGAGUUAGAAAUUUUAAUGGCGUAUCAGUCGAAAAACAAAAUGCAAGCCGAGGCGCAGAGGAAUCGUGAGCGCCGCGAGUUAGAAGACCGAGUUUCGGUCAGGCGGGCUUUGCUUGAACAGAAAAUGGAACACGAAACUCAGGAAUUCCUUCGCGAGCGCAGCGAACGGAUACGUCUACUCCACGAAAGGCAGGAACACGAGUUGCAACAGUUUGACGAGGAAAGUGCAAGAAUAGGAUUCAGUGCUCUGGCGAUAGCUGAGGCAUCGAAAGAAUCUUACCCAGACGAUGAAAGCCUCAGUGGCUCGAUGUUAAGCCUGGCUCACAGUAAUAGUUCUACAUCCUUCCCCCCUAAUAGUCUUUAAUUUUAAUCAUAUUAAUAGAAUAUGUAUGUAUGUACGUUUGCCUGUAGCGAGUGCAUUAACGAGCCUACUACUAACGUUUAAUUCGACGACUUACAUGCAUAACAAGAAGGUCGGCUCGUUGGAUGCAUCGAAACCCCCGAACCGGCGGCGGUUUGUCAGGGUUGGGAAUGUGUAUUGGACUGAAAUUAAUGUAACAGCAUAUUUUUUAAUUAUCGAAAUAUGUCAAUGUGAUCUAUCUGGAAAGAGAGCUUCAUAUUGAAGAAGAACUUAGA